AACAUAUUUUGAAUGAUAAUAAAACUAUAUAUCCAUGUUUGUCAUUAUUAUACACGAUGAAAUGUGUAAUACCCAGCCAAAACGUAAAAAUUGUUGCUCGAGCUGUUCACUCCUUGGCAAAAGUUGGGGAUGAAAUAUUUAUUCAGCCAGCUGAAGAUGAAUUGUUAUUUAGAACAAUUAAUGCUGCAAAAAGUGCAUUUGCAGAAUUUAGAAUGUGCAGAAGUUUUUUUUCUUCCUUUAGUUUUUCUCCUCCUCAGAAUGACACAGAAUGUAAAAUAACUAUGAAGUCUUGCAUAAACGUAUUUAGAAGUGUCCAUGGAAUGGAUAAACAGGUUGAAAACUGUGAAAUAAGAAUUAAACCUCAAAGUAGCCAGAUAGUAUUUCAGAUAAAAUUUAUUAAUUCAUCAGUUAAAAAGUAUUACCUUCCUGUUAUUGAAAAUGAUCAGUUGGAGGCUCAAAUACCAACUGACCAACCUAAUCAAAUUUGUGCUUCAUCAAAAUUUCUAUCUGCUUCACUUAAAAAUUUUAGGCAUUCUGAGGAUGAAAUUACUAUUAAAGUUGAUAAGGAUUCAUUGUUUAUCAAAAAUCACCUUGAACUUAAAAAAGAUUUCAAUUUAAUGCGGACUGAAUUAUGUUACCAUCGCACUGAGUUUGAAAGUUAUGUUGUUGAAAAUCCUACGAAGAUCACUUUCUGUCUUAAAGAAUUGAGAGCAGUAGUGAUGUUUGCAGAACCAGGCAACUUACCUGUCAUCUUAUCUUUUAAUGAACCAGGAAGGCCUGUAGUCUUUCAAGUAAUGAAUCAUCCUGCUUAUGAAGCUAAUUAUGUAAUUUCCACUCUUCCGUCGAGUCGUGUUAACAGAAGUGGUCACUUAACUGGUUGUCAGAAUAUAGAUUCUCCUUUAACGACUCCAACUUCACAAGGAAUAAAAAAAAAUUCUAUUUCAUCUACUCCUUACAGUUUUGUUGAAAAAGAAUCAACCACUCCUAUAUCCAGAAAACAAGAUAACAUUAGGAGCAGUAUUUCUUCUACACCAGAACCAAUACCAAGUACCUCUUACCAAACAAGUAUUGAAAAGUCUGUUCAACAAUUUCUUAGCAAACCUGAUCCUACUAAAAACAUAGAUAAAGAAAGUGAACCAAGUAAAUUUUUGCUCGAAAUUGAAUCACUAAAGAAUACAUCUGUAGAACCAGUUCCAAGUACUAUUAAUUUGCCUGUCCUGAAGGAAGGCCCUUCCAUGUCUGAGGCUGUGCCUGAAAGUGGAAAUGGUAUAAGCGUUACUCAUGGAUCACUAACGAACACGUCUCUGGAAGUAGUUCAAAGUGAUGCUAGUUUACCAUUUUUGAAUGAAGGUCCUUCUACAUCACAGGUUGUGCCUGAAAGUGAGCCUGCUGUAAGCAUCAGUCAUGGAACACCUGAAGGGAGUCUUUGUAGGGUGGAUACUGUUAUAAAAGGUAUGGAUUCUUCCUCACAACCAUCUCCAGAGCUUUUAAAAACUGUCUUCUCAAGGUGCUUCUCCAAGGAUCACUUUUUGAAUGUCCUAGUUGGACAUGAUGUUCUCCUCGAGGAAAGCUCAGACCGAGAAGCGUCAUGAAGUAAGACUAAUUAACUAAUUUAUUUAUUUUAAUUAUUUUAUUUCAGGUGCAAAACUAUUUUAUAAUAUAUUUUUCUUCCAUAGUUUAAUUUAGUAUUUAAAUUGUGUCAACUUUGUAAAUAAACCUUAUAUAUAUAUAUAAGGAUAAUUAUACCCUAAGUUAAAAUAAUGCCAAGCAUAGUGCAGUGCAUCAUUCAAAUGAUGACCCUUAUAAACUAUUAGUACAGCACAUUAUGGUUUUCUGGAUGACUUUCAGAGUAUCUCAGUUGUGAUUUAUCACAUAAAAGUUAUCUAAAGAUUAUUAGUAUAUCUAUUAAACCAAGUUUAUAUUGUUUCCAUGAAAAUUAUUUUUAACUAUUCAUUUUCAAUAGAUAAUUUGUUUUUUAAAAACAGUAAGAUUGAAGAAAGGAGAGCGAAAGCAACCUAAUUCCAUAUUAAAAAGAAAAUGAUUUAUUGGUAUGUAACAGUUCCAUUCCUACAUGUGUGGAUUAUAAGAAUGCACCAGUUCAGGUGUCUCCAAACUACAGCCCAUAAGCACCAUCAAUCUGGUGACAUAGUUUAUGUUGAUUAUAUUGAAAAAAAUACAGUGUUAGUCUUAUUUAUGACUUUUAUUAGCAAGCAGUUCUUCAAAGUUUGGCAGUUGCUCCCAAAUAUUUUGUUGCUGCAAUUUGUUUGAUUUACACUUGCACUCUGCGCUUAGCACAGCUCAGUUUAUUUUCCAGCACUGUAUCAAUAAUGUUAGAUUAUUAUUGAAAACAAAUUAAGCACACAGUCUCCAAAUUGGAGGUAAAUAAUAAAAAAAAAUCUAUCAAUGUUUUGCCAAUUCAGGCAUCGUUGAUGAGUUUUUAUUCUUUACUGCAAUUUGGAGACUUGAGGCUGUGUGGUUGGAAUUUCUGUAAUCAUUACCUAACAUUGAAUUUCAGUCUGUUGGUGAGUUUUUUACUGAUUUAUACUAUUGAUAGUGUAAUUAACCAUGACACUAAGGAGUGUUGAACUGAAUACUGUCCCUUGAGGGUGUCUUUUUUUUUAACAUGUUUAAUUCCUGAGGAGCUUGUCCUGUACUUCACAAUAAUAUGGCAUUCGGAUUAGUAAGAUUUGAUGUGAGUAGUACCAAUUGGGAGUUAAGAUUCAUGAAGGAGACUAUUCUUUGAAUAUUAUUUUAAUGUUUAAUACUUAAAAAAAAGGUCACUGCAUAGAGAUUUGUCCUCAUUUUAAUGUUGAUAGAUCAAUUAUCCCCUAAUGUUAUGCUAAAUUAUGAAUCUUUUUCCUUCCUUUGAAGUUGAAAUAUUAAUAAAAAUCUAGAAUGGCUCUUGGGUAUCUAAUAGGUUCUAUAAUAUGGCUUGAAUUAAAGUUCAUUCAUUUUAUAAUUUAAUAUAUUAAAGAAAUGAAUAUAUAAUGAAGAAUGAAUAUAUUAAAGAAAUAAAACCUUGUUUUGCUGGAACUCUUUUGUCAUUUAAUUUCUUAAAUUGUGAAAAAAUUCACACUUUUGUAAAAAAUAAUAAUAACACUAACAAAUAACUCAAAUUAAUUGAACUUUAGUUCUGUGAAAAUUUUCAUAAUUGUGUUUAUUAAAUUUAUAUGUUAGUGAUUCACUUCUAAAUUUGAAAUGUAUAUAUUCUACUCUGAAAGGUUUGUACCAGUAUGUUCCAAGUUAGUACCGUAAUUCAUUAACUGUACUUUGCCUUUUUUAUGUCUUUAUGAAAUGUUUGUCUUUCAAGUGCAACUCAAGACUUGAUUAAGAAAAUUUGUAUAUAUUUAUUAGUAGUUUAUAAGAAUGUAAUAGUUAGAAUUUGUGGCUUAGUCAUGGUGUAGAAAAUUAUGUGAUACUGUAAGUAAAGAAUUGCUCAACAUGAGAAACAAAAAUGGCCAAAUUGUUAUAUUUAAAAUUAUUUAUUUAUGUUUUUUUUUGUGAUACCAGUUUUAUUUAAAAACAUUAAAUUACUUUCUUUCUUUUUUUUUUUAAUUUAGAAUGGGAAUAAAAUUCCUGUAGUUAUAUUAUUAAUUAAUUUGAAUGUUUACCUGUUACAUUUUUAAUUAAUUUUAGCUUAUUGGAUUCCUCUUAUAAGCAUUCUUGAAAUCUAUAUUUGAUAAAAUUAUUAUAAAAUGUGUGGUUCAUAUAUUGUAAUUUUUCAAUUGAUACCAGUUCCGCCCUCCAAAAAUUAUAUAUAAUUCAUUCAUUAUUAUUUAUGAAGAUGGUGAACUUUAAAAUUUAGUUAUUUAAAUCAUAAUAUUUUAGUUUCUGUUAUCUUUUAUUAUUAAUUAUGUAUAAUAUGUGAUUAAUGUAAUUUAUUUUAAUUUUUUGUUGCUAAAAAUUAGUUCAUUGUCUAUUUUAUAUCUAAAAUAUUCGAUUAGCUCUAACAAGUGUGUAUAUGUGCAUUUGUAACAUGCCUGAUCCAUCUGUGUGAGUUUGUAUAUGUUUAAAAUUUUUAAUUAAUAAUUUAUGUAUUACAACCAUUGCUGUAAAAAUUAUCAAGCCAAUAAUUUUAUGCCAACGAAUUCUACGAUAUUGAUUAAUUAAUGUUAAUUUUUAAGUUAAAGUAAUGAAAAUGUUGAUGGAAAAGCUACUUCCAUAUUACCCCUAUAAGCUGAUGAAUAAAUUGGAAUAUUCAGCUAGCUGUGAAAACUAGAGAUGAGAAAUAAGUUUCUUAUUAACAAUUCUUUUUAUCUUCUUUUUUUUUCUUUAGAUUAAAAACGAACUUUUUAUUUUUUAGAAUUAUUUUUUGAAAAAAAAAAUAACAAACCUUCUCAAACCUUAUGGUUUUCAGAAAAAAACAACUUUUUAACAUAUUGAAAUUAAAAGCUUCAAAUAUAUACUAAGAAAAAUUCAUGAAUCUUAUAAAUAUGAAGGAAGUUUAAAUUAGAUAGAAUUUUUUUUUUUUUUUAAUUUUAUACAUUAGAUUUUGGUCUGGGUGUAUAAACUGUAAAUGAAAUAAAAUUUAAUUUUAUUAUGCGGAUGAUCCUGUAGAACAAAUUAUAAAUACUAAAUAAAUAAAACAUGACAGUAUGGCCUUACAUUAAAUUAAAUAUUUAUAUUUAUAUAAUAAUAUGGAAUUACAAAUAAAGUACAAGAGUGAAAAAAACUGUACAUGUGUAUAAAUAAAAUAACGAGAAAGAAAAAAAAAAUAGUAAUGUAAAUAAGCCUAGGUUUUGAAUAUCUGAAUAUGAAAUGCUUGUAGAACAGUAGAUUCCAAAAUUAAACAUAAAAAUCCACAAACAAUAGAACACGACUGAGAAAUUUCUUAGAACAAAACCGACCAAUUCCUUGUGAAUCGGAAAUCGCCAAUUCCUGAGGAAUCCAGGAUCGGCGAAUCAACUGGAUCGAUUUAGCGGUCCGUUCUAGGAAAUCUUCCAGCUUUAUUGCAUAGUCCACUGAGUUGUUUUGUUUACUUUCCAAAUCUGCUCUUCUACUAGCUUUUCGUUCUUCAUGCAUUUAUAACUCACACUUAUUUACAUUACUAUUUUGUUUACGUGUUUAUUUUUUCUCUCGGUUUGUUUUAUUUAUAUAUAUACAGUUUUUUCUCUCUCGUACUUUUAUUUUUAAUUACCUAUUAUUAAGUUAAUAUUCCAUACUUCAGAUAUUCAUAACCUAUGUUAUUUAUAUCACUAUUUUGUUUAUUUUUUCUCUCUUAUACUUUAAUUUUUAAUUACCUAUUAUUAUAUAAACAUUUAAUUUAACAUUUCAAUUUUGUUUAUUUAUUUAUUUUUUCUCUCUGUUUGGUUUAUUUAUAUAUUUAUAAUGUUUAUUUAUAUAGAGUUGAUUUUUCUCUUGUACUUUUGUGACUCAUGAUUUUUUCAUGUAAAUCGCUUGAGAGUAAGAUUCUUUCAGAGGAAUCGACUCUGAUUCAAUUCUCGAUUCAUCUGCCCAUCUCCAGUGGAAGCCCUAGUGCAAUUUGUCUCAAAUGAUGAAAUAUGGCUUCCAAGUUAUUAUUUGAGACUUACAUAAAUUGAAACCCUCAUCUUACUUAUCCUAGUAGAAUACGGAGUAAUUUAUUUUAUAUCUCUGUAAUUUGAAGGGUCUGACUCUUGGUUCAAGAAAACAUUUUAAGUUAUGAUCAUAGAGUAAUGGUGAGAGAGUUUCGAAACAUUAUGUUUUCUGGCACUAAUCACCAAACAAAUUCUUAUUAUAAAUAUAUAAUUUUGUGAUGUCGUAAAUACCAACACCAAGUUGAUGAAACAUUUGAAAGACUAGUGUAGAGAUGUGAAGAAUGUUUGUUUACUUUUCUUACAUCCACCUUACAUAGAGUAUAAAGUAAAAAUAAUUAUUGUGAUGCAACCAUUGUAAUUUCACUUUUUUAUUCUAUAAUAAAAUAUUUAUCAUUGUGAAUUUUAUCAAAAAAGUGCUAACGAAAUAGAUCAUUGUUAAGGGAAAAGGUAUUUAAGUAGAUUUUCCAUUUAUGCUGCCUGGAAAAUUUUUUUUUUUCCAAUAUAAUUAAAAGUAUUUCAGUUUUGUAACAUUUUAGUAAGAAACAAUCAAGAUAUGAAAGAUUGUUUAUAUUCUGAAUUUUAAUAAAACCUUCUGAGUGAUUGUGGAAUGUGAAACAGAUAUAAAAAUCAAAAGAAAUCGUCGAUCUUGUUACCGACUAAAUAUAAAUAUCUUACAAUGUUAAUAAAUUAUUGUUAAAGUACAGCUUACUCUCUCAUGAUGAUAGUACUUAAAUAUUCUAAUGUUGAAAUAAAUUCGUAUCAUGUAAUAUCAUAAAUGUAUAUUUGAUGGAGCUUUUUAUUUUUGAAGAUAGAUUAUAUAUUUGUUAUAAUCUAAUAACUGAUAUAUUAAGACUAUUGAUUUUUUUUUUUGGCUUGACAUAAUUUGAAAACCAAUGGAGAAAAACAGGUGAUAUCACUUUUUUUCCCCUAAAUUGAGUUAUUUUCUGUUUAUAAUAGAUAUUGGAAAUCUAUGAAUUACCAAUCUAACAGAUUGAACAUGUAAAAGAAAGGUUUCGUCCCGUUAAAUAAUUUCUUUACAAAAUAACAAUAAUAGAGAAUAAAGAGCUAUGUCCAACUUUAAAUUUUCUUCUCUUAUUGAAGUGUUUUGUAUCAUGUCUGUUUUCUCCCAUGGUCUCCAUUUUAAAAAGUAUAACCAAUAGGUUCUUUUGACAAAUUUAACUUCCUUUAAAACUUCUUUUAUUAAUUUAGGUACUUCAUUUUAUGUUCAUGUUUUAGGUAAAUGUUCCUCUUCAACAGAACAUUCAUUCCUAUGAAUUUCUGUUUGUAUACACCAUUUUUCUUUAUGUUCUAUUUGUAAUUUAACAAUUUUUUUAUUAAAUAUAAAUUCUUACACUGUUUUUUCACAUAGUCAGAAUUCUAAUUUUUAGUCAAUAGAAAGGCUCCUGGUUAUGAAAACAAUGUAAUAACCAGUAAUUCAAUAAAUAACAACAGGAGCCUCAAGAACAAUGAUGAAUAAUUGAAAUCCAUGGAAAAAAGUAUUUUGAUGAUAGGAAACAUUACUUCAAACCUUAAAUGUAAAUAAUAGUACUCAAAUAAUAAAAAAAUUGUAAAAAAGAAAAAUUUGGGUAAUAAACCUAUGAAAAAACCGUACUUCAAAACUAGCAAGAAAGUGUAAUAACUAGUUUGUUUAAUAUAUUCUUGUGAAUUUAAUGAAUAACAAUUCAAGUAAUAUUGAUUCAUUACUUAUAAAGGACAAUUGGAAUAGCACUCGAGUCAAAAUCAAUUUUUUUUAGAAAUGUGAAAGAAUGUUUUUGAAUUCCUAAUGCUUACAAUUAUUUGUUGGGCUACUUUAUUUAAUUUUGUUUAAAAUAAUCUCUUUGAUAAUAAAAACUAAUAUUGCUCAAAUGAUUUUCCAUUCAUUGCAUUUUACUUAGGGUUUUUUUAAAAAAGAAUUGGCUCCGCUUUCAGUUGAACUUACAAUAUUCAAAUUUAUAGAGCAAAAAAAUCGAAUGAAAUGCAUUGAAAAUUCAAGAAUAUUGUUCAAAAACAUGUUUUUUUUAGUCACCUUAAUUGUAACAUUACAAUUUUGAAAAAUUAUAGAAAAAUAAAUAAAUAAAUUGCCUUACAUCUUUAUUCCUAAGGCUUGCCAUAUUAUCUUUUUGCUUAAAUUUAUUCUUAUUUCUAAAAAGAAAAAUCACAGAAUGUGCAUUUUUAAUAUUAAAUUAAGACUCCCACAAAGAAAUGUAUUUAAAUAUUGCUUUGUAUAUUUUAUAAUAAAUGUUUUAAAAAUAUA